AUGGCGAAGACGCGGGCGACUCGUGGCCUGGCGCUGCUGCUGGCCGCCUCAGUGCUGGCCGCCUGCGCCUUUGUGGGCCCGCAGGCACCGACCCCACGUGGCAACCUGAGCCGCGCAGCAGGCGAGUACACGGGCUUUGUGCCGGACAUGCAGCGACGACAGCUGAUGAACUUUGUGCUGGUGACCACGGCGGGCAUCCCGGUGCUUGUGGCCCUGGGCUGCUACCUGUGGUACUUCGUGCCUCCUGUGGCCUCUGGCGGCGGUGGCGCACAGCUGUGCGGAGAUUUGGAUGGCAACCCCGUCACCCUGGAAUCCUGGGUCAAGGGCCACAAGGACAACGACCGCGAGCUGGUGCAGGGUCUGAAGGGUGAGCCAUACUACCUGAUCUCCACCCCAGACAACAUCAAGGACUUUGCCCUGCUGUCCGUUUGCACGCACCUUGGCUGCGUGGUGCCUUGGAGCAAGGCGGCCAACAAGUUCUGCUGCCCUUGCCAUGGAUCUCAGUACGACGAGAACGGCAAGGUCGUGCGCGGCCCCGCCCCGCUGUCCCUGGCUUUGGCCCACACCACCACUGUCAAGGGCAACUUGGCUCUUAGCCCCUGGACUGAGCAGGACUUCCGCACCAACGUGGUCGACCCGGACAUGCUCUGUUUGGCAGAAGAGUCGGACGUCGUGGCGGAGCUGGGCCCCGGGGACAGCUUCGGGGAGCUGUCGCUGAUCUACAAUGCCUACCGCGAGGCCACCUUCACGGCCGUGCAGGACUCCGAGGUCUACGUGAUCUCCCGCAGGCACUUCAAGGCUCACUUCAACCGCCUGGGCCAUCACUUCAAGGACUACUGCGCCUUGUUGGACGAGGUGCCGGCACUCUGGCCGCUCUUGCAAGCGGAGCGCUGGGAGCUGGCGUGCAACGCCUUGGGCCUCUUCACCUUCAGGCCCGGCCAGCGAAUCAUCACGCAGGGCCUGCCGCGCAAGUCUGCCUUGUGGUACAUCAUCUUCUCCGGCAGCUGCGUUGUCUCGGCGUCACAGACCGGUGCCGAUGGCAAGGAAGUGACGGAGGUGUUGUCCGAGCUCCGCCGCCCGGGCCACUUCGGCGAGCGGUCGCUGCUGCGGGGUGGGGACGUGGCCGUGCCGGAGGUGACCAUCGACGCGGGCUCCGACGGCCUGGUUUGCCUGGCGUUUGAGGGCCAGGCCAUCCGCGUAUUGCUCGAGAGCCUCAUCCGCGGUGGAGCGUUUGGGGAUGGCGCUGAGGCGCUGCUUCCGAAUGUGAACAGCCUCACCUCUGCAGAAUAUGAGCUGGCCAAGUUUGGACGCAGCCGAAACCGAGUGCACUCGCUGCAGGAGAUCCCAUGGGCCCGGCUGAAGAAGGUGUGCUUGUUGGGCAGUGGUGGCUUUGCCAACGUCUACCUCAUGGAAGAUGAGGUCACCAACAAGAGGUACGCCAUGAAGUGCCUCUCCAAGGGCCACGUCGAGAAGCACGACGCUGUGCGACAGGUGUGCUGGGAGCGGGAAAUGCUGAUGCUGGUGGAAAGCCCCUUCGUGAUUCGGCUGGUGCGAUCCUACAAGGAUGACGAGUUCCUCUACAUGCUCCUGGAGGCAGCACUGGGUGGCAGCCUCUAUGAGUUGAUGACGCAGAAGCCGGAGGUCUUUUGUGACGAUCAGCCUCGCGGCGCCUCCUCGGCUUUCUAUGCGGGGUGUAUCAUCCAGGCCCUCGAGCACUUGCACGACAGGCGUAUCGUGUACAGGGACUUGAAGCCGGAGAAUGUGAUGUUGGAUGAGCGCGGCUACGGCAAACUUUGUGACAUGGGGUUUGCGCGGUUCGUGAUCUCCAAGACCAACACCUUGGCCGGCACACCCGAGUACAUGGCACCGGAGGUCAUCGACUUUCCGCAUGCGCACGAUACAAAUUGCGACUGGUGGUCCCUGGGCGUCCUCACUUACGAGAUGAACGCGGGGCAUCCGCCGUGGGAUGACGAGGGCAUCGCGGAUCUCUUCGGGAAGCUGCUGGCCAUCCGCCGCAGCCAGGAGAAGGGAGAGCCGAGAUACCCCUUCAGCUGUCCGGCUCUGAUCCGGAACUUCAUUUCGAAACUUUUGCAGAAGUUGCCCCGGCGCCUGGGUUCCCGAAAGGGAGCCAAGGAGCUGCGGGAGCACGUCUUCUUCCAGAAGAUGGGAUUCGACUUUCAGGCGCUCAAGGCGCAGACGCUUCCGCCGCCCAUGGCGUGCCCCUUCUCUCCAAGGGACGGGAACACCGGGAGCUGCAGCCUGGACCUGCAAGGGGAGCUGCGGCAAAGCCCCCUGUUCCGGCCGGUGCGCGGCGAAAGCGAGUCUGCAGCCUCAGCGAGCCCUUCAGAGGCGAGUUUGGAAAUCCGAGAUGGCACCGAGGGCGGAAGAGGCAACCUGGUGGGCCGACGGCGUCCGCGGGGGACCGAAGGCUGCGCGUGGCUGAAAGAGCCUGCGGUGGCAUGUGGCCUCCAAGUUGCCAGAUCCCGGUCUAGGACCGAUCCAACUGCGGAGCCGUGGGCUUGGCCGGGUCAGCAGCGCGUGGCGCGCGCGACCUUGGGAUCGAAGGACCUCUUCGGCAGCGAGGACGAGGCGGCCGAGCCGGGCUCGGAGCCGGGCGGAGCGGAGGGCGGCCAAAGCCCGCCGCCGGCGCCGGCGCCGGACUCCGCGAGGCAUGGCUCGGACUCCGCCCAGUUCUCGGGCCCGGCGCAGCCGGAUGAGGAGGAUGUCCUGGGGGACCUCUUCGGCUCCAGCGACGAAGGCGAGGGCCUUGGGGAGGACGACCUCUUCGGCUCCGCCGACGAGGCGGAGCCGGAGGCCUCCGCGGAGCAGGCGCCCACGUCGGCGCCGCCCCGCAGCGUGUCCGUGCGCUCGGAGAUCAGCGAGAUGGAUGAGCGAGAGAUCUUCGGCGACGUCUCAGACGACGAGCCCGAGAAGGAGCUCAGCGUCGACGUGAUUGAGCGGCACUUGCCGCUUGGGGAUUUGGUGUCCAUGCGCCUUCCGAACGUGAUUUCCUUUGAUGAGAAGGAAUAUCGUGGUCUUGACUCCAUCGAGGAUGAGAUGCUGGAAGGCUACAUAGAGUACAAGAAUAUGCGGGGCCAGAAUGCGAUGCGGCUGCUGAAUCCCGAGAAUUGCGUCAGAUGGCGCUACGAGGAGGACGAGUAUGGCAACACUGUCCUGGAUGAUGGCGGCAAGGGCGUUUACGAGUCAAACACACGCAUGGUGGAGUGGGAGGACGGGUCCUGGACUCUCUUCGUGGGCAGCGAGCCCUUUCAUGUGGAGCAGAUCACCGACAAGAACCCGAUCUUCGAGGAGAACAGCAAGGACGUCUACGUCUGCCACGGCAGCAUCGCCCGGAAGUUCAUCGCCACCCCGCGGUCCAUGGACUCCACGUCCCACGAGAUGUUGAAGAAGUCGCAGUAUCGGAAGUAUGAGCCGGUGCGGCGAUCGCUGCUCAUGACGGCCCGUCACUCAGCUCUGCUGCGCUGA